CAGUGCGAGAGUAGAGAAGAGAAGAUGGUGAAUCAGGGUGAACCGGCGAAGCUGCGGUGGGGGGAGCUGGAGGAGGACGACGGAGAGGAUCUCGAUUUCUUGUUACCACCUCGGCAGGUGAUUGGGCCCUACGAAAACGGAAUAAAAAAGGUUAUGGAGUACAAGUUCGACGAGGACGGAAACAAGGUCAAGAUUACCACCACAACGCGCACCCGCAAACUCGCCAACGCGCGUCUCAGCAAACGCGCGGUCGAGAGGCGCUUCUGGCCCAAGUUCGGCGAGGCCGUUGAUGAAGACGUUGGUAGCAAACUCACCAUGGUCUCCACCGAAGAGAUCCUCCUCGAGCGUCCGAAGCCUCUUGGUGCAAAAACAGACGAGCCAAAGGUUGCUGGAGACCCAUUGGCUCAAUUUCAAAAGGGUGCUGUUCUUAUGGUUUGUAGGACAUGUGGGAAGAAGGGUGACCAUUGGACUUCAAGGUGCCCGUACAAGGAUCUUGCCCCACCAUCUGAGGGAUUCAUCGAUAAGCCUGCGGCAGCAGAUGUUGCGGCCGGCGCCACGAAUGGUUCAACCAAGGGAGCAUAUGUACCUCCUGGUAUGAGAGCGGGUGCAGAAAGGACCAGUGGAUCAGACAUGUGGCGUAGGAACGAUGGGAAUUCUGUACGAGUAACCAACCUCUCAGAGGACACAAGAGAGCCUGAUUUGCUUGAGCUUUUCCGUCCUUUUGGUCCUGCGAGCAGAGUCUAUGUUGCCAUUGAUCAGAAGACUGGUAUGAGCAGGGGAUUUGGCUUUGUUAACUUUGUCAACAGGGAAGAUGCUCAAAGAGCUAUCAACAAACUCAAUGGAUAUGGCUACGACAAUCUCAUCCUUAGAGUUGAAUGGGCCACCCCAAGGACAAACUAAUUUUUUUUUAUCCCCUUUCUUUAGAACGGUAUUUCGAAGGCCUAUCUAUUUUUGAUAAUCUGAGUCCUGUUUUCUUUUUAGAUGAUUUAUUAUUUACAAGUAAAUGUUCACUCAAGAUCUCUUGUUGCUUAUUUAAACCCUUUUACCCUCUUGCAAAUAGAGCUUAAGCCAAGUUUGUAUACCAUUUGAUUAUUGUUACUUCAGGCUAGUGGCCAUAAAGUAUCUCAAGGUUAGCUAUGUCAAAAUGAUGGGCAUGUGUAUUUUGAAGCUUUGAUCGGAGAUGUAAAAUUUUAGGAGCAUGGGUUUUAUUAAUUGUGGAGAAGCCAAACCUUGA